ACAGAGUGCUAACACACACAGACCCAGUCUGUAACAGGUGUAAUCAUUCCUUCAGAAUGGCUUUGGUGGUGCUGAUAUCGCUUAUCCUCCCCUCUCUGGGGUUUGCAGGUGCUGACGAGGAGUGUGUGUACGCUACUGUCGGGAAGACCAAGGUGAUUGACCAUGAUUAUCCGGGCCUGGAGUUGUUUGAACAGUCAUUCCACUUACGGUGGACCCAUGACUCUAAGAUAGUUUACGACAACAAGAAGAAUACUGCAAUGAAAUACCAGACCACAAAGAAUGGUUCUCUGUUACUGGAGAACCUACAGCUGGAUAACGCUGGGACGUAUCAGGCUACCAUCUACGACAACCUGGGAAAUCACAUGAAGUCUACCGUAACUCGCCUGUGUCUGCUCGUGCCUGUAUCUAAACCCCGUCUGACACACACUUGUGAUGGAACAUCUGUCACUCUGAGGUGUGACGUGGGGAACCCUGGGGUUGUGAACAUGGUGUGGCAACAUAACGGAAACACGCUGCCAGGACAGACAGGCGCUACUCUGACCAUAACCAAGGCAACGCUCAAACCUGAAGACAGUUAUGCGUGUACAGCGAGUAUUAAAACCAGUGGGGAGAAGAGUGAUGAUGUUCACCCUGAAUGUACAGUGGCUGUGUCUAAACCACGUCUGACACACACCUGUACUGACUCAUCUGUCACUCUGAGCUGUGAUGUGGGAAACCCUGUGAAUGUGCACGUGACAUGGAGCCGUAACAGAAACACACUGCCAGGACAGACAGGCGCUACUCUGACCAUAACCAAGGCAACGCUCAAACCUGAAGACAGUUAUGCGUGUACAGCGAGUAUUAAAGACAGCGAGGAGAAGAGUGAUGAUGUUCACCCUGAAUGUACAGAUGAUGAUUCCUCUCCAGUGCUCUUGUUUGGGAUGGAGCUAUGGCUGAUGGUGUUGAUUCUGGCUGGCGGAGGUGGUCUGCUCCUCAUCCUCAUCACCUUGGGGUGUGUCUGCAGGAGCUGCAGGCAGCACAAGAGACGCCUAGAAGAGGAGGAGGAGAUGAGAUUGGCCCCCCUCACCCAUCCCACACGUCCACCACCAACAAAGGGCCCAAAGCUGACCCCGGCCCCAUAACAGAGCAGCGUCUCAGGCCACACCAAACUCCAGACCCAGGUCUCCACAGCAAGCACCAGAUGAUGCUCAGACUCAGCCCAUACCAAUGCCCAGGUGGACAGGACCACGAAACCACAGGAAUUCACGAUGUGUGUGUGUGUGUGUGUGUGUGUGUGUGUGUGUGUGUUUUGUGUGCAAACAUUCACAAAUUCUUCUUAACCACAACAACCCCUGUAGUCACAAAAGUGGAAUCUGUCAGAUCUAUAUUCUUUCCUCAAAGUAACACAAACCUGACUUUAUUAGUACUGCAUCAGAAGUCACUAUCAUGACAUUUGACAUCUAUAGCAUCAUAAUCAGGGAGCUAUAUUUUCAGAUAUUUUUCUGAUGAGAUGAAGAAGAAUAAAUAUCUUUGAUAUGUUGAAACAUAUAAUGCUUGUUCAUCGGAUGCGUUCCUAUGGGUAAUGUAAUUAGUACAUAUCUUGUGAGUUAUAGUCUGUGUAUUGUGUAGCUAUGUGGUUUGUACUGUAUGAUUGUUCCUGGGGUCCACCUGUUCUAACUGAAUGUUCAGUAAACUGGCUGCUGUGGCUCAGCCUGUCUCUCAGACUCACACCACAUCCUGGCCCUCCAGUGCACUCAACAGGCUGAGUUCUCAUGGGUGUAUAGAUCUCUAUACCACACCUGCAAGACAAAGAAACUGCAUGAUAAUGUGUGUGUGUGUGUGUGUGUGUGUGUGUGUGUGUGUGUGUGUGUGUGUGUGUGUGUGUGUGUGUGUGUGUGUGUGUGUGUGUGUGUGUGUGUGUGUGUGUGUGUGUGUGUGUGUGUGUGUGUGUGUGUGUGUGUGUGUGUGUGUUUGUGUUUGUGGGUGUCAGAGAGAGAGAGAGAGAGACAGACACAGACAGACAGAAGAGAAAGAGAAGUGCAUACUUUCAAGUUGGUUAUGAAUCCAUAAUUAUCCUCUGUGUAUGACAGAGAUGUUCUACAUGGAACCCAAAAGGUGUCUACCUGGAACCAUAUAGGGUUCUCCUAUGGGGACAGCCAAAGAACCCUUUUUUUCUAAGAGCGUACGGACUUCAAACCAUCCAAUCGAAAUGUCUUUUGGAGAUUAUUCCAAACAUAGAGUGCAAGGAAAUUAAAGGCUGAUUUACCUAACUCUGUAGACACCGAAGGAAUCUCCAAAGUUAACCAACCCUGUGAGCGAGUUUGAUCAUUUGUCAUUUUAAAUCUUAACAGUGAUGUUAGGCAAGCUUAGCUUAGCUUUGGGAGCAGGGCUUUGUAAACAAAAGGAGCGUAAUGAUGUGAUCUACGUGACUUUAAAGAGGUUCAACCAAACUUUUGGUAAAGAGUGCCGUGAUGAGUAGUAAACUGCCUCCUGUGAAAAAACAAAAUGUCA